ACAUUCACGGAAUGAAAGGAGAAGUACUAAUUCUCUGCUGAAUGAAUUGUGAAAAGUUUCUUAAAAUUAAUUAGUUAUCCGAAACAGGGGAAAGAAAACAAAUCCAGUGCAGUGUUUUGAUUGAGUAGAAAUUUGCAACUUAUUUAAGAGAAUCAAUCACAGUAACCUUUGGAUUGAAUAACAAUGGCUCAAAGUAAAUUAAACGAUUUGGCUGGUCGGCUGGGGAAAAACCCGAGGGGCUUGGGACUUGGUCUUAAAUUACUAGCCGUGGCAGGAGCAGGAGUGUAUGGAAUCAGUCAAGCAAUGUACACCGUUGAGGGUGGUCAACGUGCAAUCAUUUUCAAUCGAAUCGGUGGGGUUGGUAAUGACAUUAUGACUGAAGGUCUGCAUUUCCGAGUUCCUUGGUUCCAGUACCCAAUCAUAUAUGACAUUCGAUCCAGACCAAGGAAAAUUUCAUCUCCAACAGGAAGCAAAGACUUACAAAUGGUCAACAUUUCCCUUCGUGUUCUCUCCAGACCGGAUGCUUUUGCACUUCCAACGGUGUAUAAACAAUUGGGCUUGGAUUAUGAUGAGAAAGUCCUGCCUUCAAUUUGUAAUGAAGUGCUGAAAAGCGUCGUUGCCAAAUUCAACGCAUCCCAGUUGAUUACUCAGCGUCAGCAGGUCUCCCUUUUGAUAAGAAGAGAGCUGACAGAACGUGCUAAGGAUUUCAAUAUCAUUUUGGAUGAUGUGUCCAUUACAGAACUGAGCUUUGGCAAAGAAUAUACGGCUGCUGUUGAGGCUAAGCAAGUUGCUCAGCAAGAAGCGCAACGUGCUGCAUUCGUGGUGGAUCGUGCCAUUCAGGAAAAACAGCAAAAGAUUGUCCAUGCGGAAGGAGAAGCUGAAGCUGCGAAAUUGUUGGGUGAGGCGAUUGGUCAAAAUCCAGGUUACUUGAAACUGAGGAAGAUCCGUGCAUCCCAGGCUAUUGCAAGAACAGUGUCCCAGUCUCCCAACAAGCUCUACCUUAGUGGAAACAGUCUCAUGCUAAACAUCAACGAUCAUCAAUUUGAUGAACCUUUGGAGAAGUUGGACAAAAGAAAGAAGUUUUGAAUCCAUUAUACAAGCAAAGUUCACCUCUGAUGAUGAUAAUGAUGGAGACGACGCCGCUCUUACAUCAAGUCAUAAAAUUUUUGAUUAAUUGUAGUACUUCAUUUUUAAGACUAGUGUCUAUGGUUGAAUGAAACAUUAUAAUAUAAUAACAUUGUACCAGUGAGUCAAAUAAAGAUUCAAAAGUUGUAUA